AUGGCAGACAGACGAGGCAUCAUCGUCCCCCUGCUCAUCCUCGCCUUCAUCUUCCUCUCCCCUGACCCCGUCCGCCAGUCGCGCCAGCAGUUCGACCACCGUCCGACACUCCAAGAUGUCAUCACCGAAGAGCAGCGCGCGCUGUCUGAGGUGCAGAACUCGACGUACCGCAAUGAUCGCUUUGCGAAGCCGGAUGCGAUCGGACUGAACCUGACGGGUCUAGAGCCGGAGAGAGGCUACUCCUGGGAGCCUCUGCCCUUGGUGCAGAACAAGGCGCGAACAUGGCUCGGACACACGCUCGGAGAGGAGGACGAAGCCAUCAUAGACGGAGUGCUGGACUUGGACCUCGGUGGCGCGCAGGUGUACAAGAAUGUCACGGGCUUCGUGCACGGCAAGUGGGUGCAGUCGAAGCUGGAGACUCCCAUCACAUCGCCCACCAUCAACCUCUCCGACUACGCCAUCCAGAACCCGUUCAAUGGCCGAACAACACUGCAUCCGUUCGGACGCAACAUUACGGGCGAUGGAGGGGAUAUACGAUUGCGCUUUCACGAGAGGCAGGCUCCUUUGCAUGACCUCUUCGACGUCGAGACGGCCAACGCGACUCCAAUCAGCAUGGAAGUCACCAUCUCGGAAGAAGAGUCUGGGAACGAGCAUGAGUUUCGCGUCUACGGCGUCUACUUCCCGACUCUGGGUCAAGCUGUCCUCACAACCACCAGCGACAAGUUCGCCGGCGUCUUCGCACUCCCUCACCUCGCCAUGUCCGGCGCCACCUUCGAAGAGUCUCGUCGAGUCAUGAACGAGUCGAUCCUCCGAAGCAUACAACGCCAAAUCGACGGCGAGACGGAAUCCCACAAUCCCUGGACCUCCCGCCUCGAAGGCGACGCCGCCGGAACGCCCUUCUCCUUCCCUCAAUGCGAGCUAGUCUUCUAUCUCCAGCAACUCGACCAUCCCGGCCUCCCAGAGACUGAUUCAAUCUCCUUCCUCAACUUCCUAGAACGCGAACUCCGCUUUCCAACCGGCGCCUUCCUCCCUCCCGCCCCACCGAUUCGCUUUGCCAUGGCAGCCUUUUCCCCCGACUGCGGCUUCAUGCUCGAAUCCGUCGGUCCACCCGACCACGCGCCUCAAGAAGGUGACCACCUCAACGGCCCGAAAAUCGAGUCCCUCCACCUCGCUGCCCGUCAUCACAUCCUGCUCUUCACCGCCACGCUGUCCGCCCAACUGCUCCUCCUCAUCCGCCAAAUGCGCGACGCCUCCACGCCCUCCACCCGCUCCCGGCUCAGCCUGUACACUUUCGCCAUGCUUUCGCUUGGCGACGGCUUCACGACUAUGGCGUUCAUGCUGAUCAGCCUCUUCAUCGGCGGUUUGUGGGUCAAUCUUGUAGCAACAGCUUUCGUGGCCUUCAUGAGCGUAAGCUUCUUCGGGAUGAGGUUCUUGAUGGACAUCUGGACUGUGCAGGCGCCGGAGCGGGAGCAGGCGAGGCGGGAAGAGGCGGAAGAAGAAAGAAGGAGGGAGGUGAGGUUCCGGGAGGUCAUGGAGAGGUUGAGAUCCGAAAGAGAGGAGAGAUUGAGACAAGAGCGAGAACAUCGGGAAAAUGCGGAGAGGGAGCAAAGAGCACAGGCGGCGAUUGAGAGGCAGGAGGCUGCGGCUACAAUCGCACACCAACCUGAACAGCAGACACCCGCAACCGACGAAACAACCCCAGCACCUCCACCCACCACCGCACCAGCACCCGCGCCCCCAUCCCAACCCCCUGCCAACACCGGCGAAAUCUACCCCUUCUUCAUGCCCUCCGACCAAGCCGGCCUGCUCCCCACCACCGCCCUCCCGGACCCGAACCGCCCCUUAGUCCUCCCCCCCGAAUCCUUCGCCUCGCUGUACACCCGCUUCUACCUCCUGCUCCUCGCCACACUUUUCAUCAGCCUCAACGCGGCUUCCUGGAGCCCGGUGCCAAGGAGAGUCUAUUUCACGACCGUCGGGUUCGUGUACCUGGGUUUCUGGAUCCCGCAGAUCGCGCGCAAUGUGGGGAGGAAUUGUCGGAAGGCUGUGCGGUGGGAGUUUGUGCUGGGACAGAGCGCGCUACGGCUCACUCCCUUCUUGUACUUUUACGGGUACGGGGGGAACGUCCUCUUCGCGGAACGUGACUACAUCUCCCUCGCUAUCCUAGGAGGAUGGCUCUGGUUCCAAAUCUUGACAUUAGCAAGUCAAGAAUUCCUCGGCGCGCGCUGGUUCGUCGGCCGGAAAUGGGUUAGCGAAGCGUGGGACUACCACCCCGUUCUCCGCGAGGAUGAAGAGGGGGCUACGAUGCCUGUCGGCUGGAGCAGAGAAGAGGAGGAUAAGGGGCCCGAGAGCCCUAUGCAAGGGCGCGGAAGCAUCGACGACGGUGCUAGACGCGCUUCGGUGUCCAGCGGGAAAGACGGGAUGAGCAAGCCCGUUGAGGCUGAGGGGAGGAAAGCAGACAACGGGAGGCGGAUCUUCGAUUGCGCGAUUUGCAUGCAGACGCUCGAAGUCCCCGUCAUCCCUGCCGGCGGCUCUGCCGACUCUACCAGCGGUGGUGGUGGGCUGAGUGGACCAGCGGGUCUGCUAGCGAGGAGACAGUACAUGGUGACGCCCUGCCGACAUAUUUUCCACGCGCCGUGUUUGGAGGGGUGGAUGAAGUAUCGGCUUAUUUGUCCCGUGUGUCGGGAGGGGGUGCCUGCGCUGUAG